AUGGCGGACCAUCUCCAGAUGCUGCCUCGCAAAGCCUCCCACCAGGGAACGGCUCGUUAUUUCAAGGGCUCCGUCGCUCGAAACGACGAGGCGACGACAAUUAUAGGGCGCGCAGUUGUCGCUGGAGAAAACAGUGGACGCCAAGAAUUGAGUUCCAGUGUUUAUGCUCUGCUUUCUCUCUCCACGGACAUGGCGUUGCUAAUUGUCAUAGAUCAUAAGCUUCACAAAAUUAGAAACACGCAAAAAGCUGCUCGUCGCUCCCUAGAGGGAGCUUUUAAACGACUUGUCAACGAUUUAGCUGAGGAGAUGGGGCUUGACUUUCGCUUCCACCCAAAAGCGUACGCUGCCCUCUAUGAAGAGUUCAAGUCAUUUGGGGCAGCAUAUUUCAGCUCCUUUAAAAAACAUGCCAACCAUGCCAACCGCGUGACGGUCCGGCUUGAGGAUAGCGAGCUUUUGAGAGAGCCAAUGCGUCUCGCGAACCCUUCGCAUCCAUUAGCAAAGUACAAACCAAAGCAGCCCAUUGAUUCGCUUAAGUUCGAUAACUAG